AUGGCCUCCAGACUCAUUGCUCGUCCCCGAGUUCUCCCCGCUCGGGCGCUGCAGACGCAGACUCGCGGCAAAGUGACGGCGCCUUUCCGUCUGCCCGCCGCGCGCAACGAGCCCAACCCCACAUACACCCGCGGGUCCCCCGAACGGACCAAGGUCGAAGCCGCCCUCAAGAACCUGCGCGCCCGGCUGCCCGUCACCAGCGACGUCGUCUACAACAACCAGGUGCAGGCCACCACGCAGUCGACCUCGCAGCCCCUGCCCGCCGAGCAUGCGGUGCAGUUCACCAACUACCCCCAUGCCUCGCCCGAGCAGGUGGCCUCGGCCAUCGACUCCGCCCUGGAGGCCAAGCAGAGCUGGCAGGAAACGCCGUUCGUCGACCGCGCUGCCAUCUUCAUGCGCGCCGCCGAGCUGGCCACCACCAAGUACCGCUACGAGCUGAUCGCCGCGACGAUGCUGGGGCAGGGCAAGAAUGUCUGGCAGGGUGAGAUCGACGCGGCGGCCGAGUUGGCGGAUUUCUUCCGUCUGAACUGCCAUUACGCUGCGGAGAUUCUGGAGAAGCAGCCCGAUCGUGGAACGGAUGGCAUGUGGAGUCGCGUGGAUUACCGCCCCCUUGAAGGUUUCGUCUACGCCGUCUCCCCCUUCAACUUCACAGCCCUAGGCGGCAGUCUCGUCUCCGGACCCGCUCUGAUGGGCAACGUCGUGCUCUGGAAGCCCUCGCCCGCCGGCAUCUACGCCAGCACGAUCGUGCACCGCAUCCUGCGCGAGGCCGGGCUCCCCGCGGACGUGAUCCAGCUGGUUCCCGGUGACGCAGAGGAAGUGACCAACGUGGCACUGUCGCACCGCGAGUUCGCGGGUCUGAACUUCAUCGGCUCGUCGGCCGUGUUCCGCCAGCUGUACGGCCGCGUGGCGCAGGGCAUUGCGGCCAACACCUACCGCGAGUUCCCCCGCGUGGUGGGCGAGACCAGCGGCAAGAACUUCCACCUAGUGCACCCGUCGGCGGACAUCACCAACGCCGUCAACCACACCAUCCGCGGCGCCUUCGAGUACCAGGGCCAGAAGUGCAGCGCCACCUCGCGGCUAUACCUGCCGGCGUCCAAGGCGGACGAGUUCCUGACGCAAUUGAAGGCCGGCGUCGAGCGCAUCACCAUCGGCAACCCCGACAAGGACAUGGGCGCGUUCAUGGGCCCCGUCAUCCACCGCGGCUCGUUCGAGCGCAUCCGCCAGGUGAUCGACGAGAGCAACGCCGACUCAUCCCUCAAGACGCUGGCCGGCGGCACGUACGACGACUCGGUGGGCUUCUACGUCAAGCCCACCGUCUACCAGGCGUCGUCGCCCGACCACGCGCUCUUUGAGAAGGAGAUCUUCGGCCCCGUGCUAGUCGUCUACGUUUACCCCGACGCGGAGUGGAGCGGACUGCUGAAGACGGUGGACCAGUCGGGCGGCGGGUUCGCGCUGACCGGUGCGAUCUUCGCGCAGGACCGGAAAGCGCUGCGCGAGGCGGAGGACAAGCUGCGGUAUUCCGCGGGCAACCUGUACCUGAACUGCAAGACGACGGCGGCGCUCAUCGGUCAGCAGUCGUUCGGAGGCGCCAGGAACAGCGGUACCAACGACCGCGCGGGCAGCUCGGAUCUGCUGCGUCGGUUCACCAGUCCGAGAUUGAUCAAGGAGGAGUACUUCGAGAUUGACGGAUUCGAGUACCCGAGCAACCAGUAA